AUGAAGUCUGUUUUUAAUCUCUUUCUGAUCCUAUCAUUGGUGGUAAUUAUUCUCUCCACCAAUGUCAGCGGUAGGCCCGUACAAAAGCCUAUGCCAGCUCCGCACCAUUCAUCGCCGCCAGUUGAGGGGAAACCACCUCCCUAUAAAUCGCCUAAGACACCACAUCCAUCGCCUCCACCACCACCCACAGAGAAACCUAUGCCAUCACCACCAAAAGAAGGGAAACCACCAGUUGAUGUGAAACCACCUCCCCAUAAAUCGCCUAAGACACCACAUUCAUCGCCUCCUCCACCACCCACAGAGAAGCCUAUGCCAUCACCACCGGUUGAUGUGAAACCACCUUCCCAUAAAUCGCCUAAGACACCACAUCCAUCGCCUCCACCGCCACCCACAAAGAAGCCUAUGCCAUCACCACCGGUUGAUGUGAAACCACCUUCCCAUAAAUCGCCUAAAACACCACAUUCAUCGCCUCCACCGCCACUUACAGAGAAGCCUAUGCCAUCACCACCAUCUAUUUACUAA